CCCCCCCCCCACCAACCCCCAGCUCGCGAUAAGAGGAGCCGGCGGCAGGAGAGGGGAUGAAGAUGGCGGACGCGAAGCAGAAGCGGAACGAGCAGCUCAAGCGCUGGAUCGGCUCCGAGACGGACCUCGAGCCGCCCGUGGUGAAGCGCCAGAAGACCAAGGUGAAGUUCGACGAUGGCGCCGUCUUCCUCGCCGCCUGCUCCAGCGGCGACACGGACGAGGUCCUCAAGCUGCUGCACCGCGGCGCCGACAUCAAUUACGCCAAUGUGGACGGACUCACCGCCCUGCACCAGGCUUGCAUUGAUGACAAUGUUGACAUGGUGAAGUUUCUGGUAGAAAAUGGAGCAAAUAUCAACCAACCCGACAAUGAAGGCUGGAUACCGCUGCAUGCGGCUGCUUCCUGUGGAUACCUCGAUAUUGCAGAGUUUUUGAUUGGUCAAGGAGCGCAUGUAGGAGCUGUCAACAGUGAAGGAGACACACCUUUAGAUAUCGCAGAGGAGGAGGCGAUGGAAGAGCUACUUCAAAAUGAGGUUAAUCGGCAAGGUGUUGAUAUAGAAGCAGCUCGGAAAGAGGAGGAGCGCGUAAUGCUCAGAGACGCCAGGCAGUGGUUAAACAGCGGCCACAUCAGUGACGUCCGGCAUGCAAAGUCCGGGGGCACAGCACUCCACGUGGCAGCUGCCAAAGGCUAUACAGAAGUUUUAAAACUUUUAAUACAGGCAGGCUAUGAUGUUAAUAUUAAAGAUUAUGAUGGCUGGACACCUCUUCAUGCUGCAGCUCAUUGGGGUAAAGAAGAAGCAUGUCGGAUUUUAGUGGACAAUCUGUGUGAUAUGGAGAUGGUCAACAAAGUGGGCCAAACAGCCUUUGAUGUAGCAGAUGAAGACAUUUUGGGAUAUCUAGAAGAGUUGCAAAAAAAACAAACUCUGCUCCAUAGUGAAAAGCGGGAUAAGAAAUCUCCACUGAUCGAAUCCACAGCAAAUAUGGAAAACAAUCAACCACAGAAGGCUUUUAAAAACAAGGAAACGUUGAUUAUUGAGCCAGAGAAAAAUGCAUCUCGAAUCGAGUCUCUGGAGCAAGAGAAGGCUGAUGAGGAGGAGGAAGGCAAGAAGGAUGAGUCGAGCUGUUCCAGCGAGGAGGAUGAGGAGGACGAUUCAGAGUCAGAGGCAGAGACAGAUAAGACAAAGCCCAUGGCUUCUGUAAGCAAUGCUCAUACUUCCAGCACUCAGGCAGCCCCUGCAGCUGUUACGACACCUACUCUGUCUUCCAACCAGGGGACCCCUACAUCACCUGUUAAAAAGUUUGAUCUCAUUGCUUCCCUCAUGCCUGUGGAGUCAGUAGAUCCUGCAUCAUGGAGGCAGGGCUUGCGCAAAACUGGCAUUGUGCUGGUGCCCAGUAAGGGUGAAAAAGCCAUGUUUCCAACAUCGACUACAAAAAUUUCUCCCAAAGAAGAAGAAAGAAAAGAUGAGUCCCCUGCAUCCUGGAGGUUAGGACUUAGAAAGACUGGCAGUUAUGGUGCCCUGGCUGAAAUCACUGCAUCUAAAGAAGCCCAGAAGGAGAAGGACACUGCAGGAGUGAUACGAUCAGCUUCAAGUCCGAGACUCUCAUCCUCUUUGGAUAAUAAAGAAAAGGAGAAAGAUAACAAAGGAACGAGACUUGCGUAUGUUGCCCCUACAAUCCCGAGGCGACUAGCCAGUACGUCUGACAUUGAAGAGAAGGAGAACAGAGAGUCUUCGAGUUUGCGAACAAGUAGUUCUUACACAAGAAGAAAAUGGGAAGAUGAUCUUAAAAAGAAUAGUUCAAUCAAUGAAGGAUCCACUUACCAUAGAAGUUGCUCCUUUGGUAGAAGACAAGAUGAUUUGAUUAGUUGUAGUGUUCCAAGCACCACAUCAACACCAACAGUUACCUCUGCAGCUGGGCUUCAGAGAAGCCUCCCUUCCAGCACAAGCACUACUGCAAAGACUCCCCCGGGUUCUUCCUCCGCAGGCACACAGAGCAGUACCUCAAAUCGUUUGUGGGCUGAGGAUAGUACUGAGAAAGAAAAGGACAGUGCUCCUCCCGCAGUGACCAUUCCUGUGGCUCCAACUGUUGUAAAUGCUGCGGCUCCUUCCGCCACCACCCUGACUACAACUACUGCUGGCACUGUUUCCGAGGUCAGGGAGAGACGCAGGUCAUACCUCACUCCUGUUAGGGAUGAAGAGUCUGAAUCCCAAAGAAAAGCAAGAUCUAGACAAGCAAGACAGUCUAGACGGUCAACACAGGGUGUAACAUUGACUGAUCUUCAGGAAGCUGAAAAAACAAUAGGAAGAAGUCGUUCUACAAGAACCAGAGAACAAGAAAAUGAAGAGAAAGAAAAAGAAGAAAAGGAAAAGCAGGAUAAAGAGAAACAAGAAGAAAAGAAGGAGUCAGAAGCAUCUAGAGAAGAUGACUAUAAACAAAAGUAUUCGAGAACAUACGAUGAGACUUACACACGUUACAGACCUGUGUCAACUUCAAGUUCAAGCGCUCCGUCGUCCUCCUCACUCUCUACUCUAGGCAGCACACUCUAUGCCUCAAGUCAGCUCAACAGGCCAAACAGUCUUGUAGGUAUAACCUCUGCCUACUCCCGGGGAUUAGCCAAAGAAAAUGAGAGAGAGGGAGAGAAAAAAGAAGAGGAGAAAGAAGGGGAAGAUAAGUCACAGCCUAAAUCCAUCAGAGAACGACGGCGACCCAGAGAAAAACGACGGUCUACUGGAGUCUCCUUCUGGACGCAAGAUAGUGAUGAAAAUGAUCAAGAGCGGCAGUCGGACACUGAGGACGGCUCCAGCAAGAGAGAGACACAGACGGAUUCUGUUUCCAGGUAUGACAGCAGUUCCACGUCAUCAAGUGAUCGGUAUGAUUCCUUGCUGGGUCGCUCUGCUUCAUACAGCUACUUAGAAGACAGAAAACCUUACAGUAGCCGGCUAGAAAAGGAUGACUCGACUGACUUCAAAAAGCUUUACGAACAAAUUUUAGCUGAAAAUGAAAAGCUAAAAGCACAGCUACAUGAUACAAAUAUGGAACUAACGGAUCUAAAGUUGCAGUUGGAAAAGGCUACCCAGAGACAAGAACGAUUUGCUGAUAGGUCACAAUUGGAGAUGGAAAAAAGGGAACGAAGAGCUCUAGAAAGAAGAAUAUCUGAAAUGGAAGAAGAGCUCAAAAUGUUACCAGACUUAAAGGCAGACAACCAGAGGCUAAAGGAUGAAAAUGGGGCCUUGAUCAGAGUUAUAAGCAAACUUUCCAAGUAGGACAGGAGGCAGACAAGCCAAGCAGCAGGACCGGCACACUCCCCGGUGCACCACAGUGGCAGUCACUGGACGCCGGAGGCAAGAACUCGCGGAGACUGUCAUUUUCCGAUAUCCUGCCAAACGCCCUCUUUAUCUAGGAGUUUUGUUUCGUUUAAUUUUCUGCCCCCACCCCAUUGGUUGUCAAGACCAUUGUUUCAUGUUAAAGCAGCUGCUGAGAAGAUUUUUUUUCAAUGACUGAGAAAACUUGUUUACAGCUCCAGCAAAUAAAGAAAGUGUUCAAGGCCAGAUAUGCCUCAGAUAUUUAACCAGUAAGCCUUAGUUGUACAUAAAUACUUUUGUGUCAACAAAAACUUCCAGCUCUCCCAGAAGACAGUUAGUCAACAGGUUUUUUGUUAUUGUUGGUUUUGUUUUUUUUUUUUCUUUUUGAUGUGCCACAGUUUCUAGUUUCUCGAUAUUUAAGUUGUUUGCUUUCCAUCUGAGUUUGGGUUUGUAUUUUUUUUCCUUCUAACUCUUCAUGUGUCAGAGUCUCUCUAUGUUCACAGCUUUCUCAUUUACAGAAAUUUAAAGAAAACUUGGCUCUUCUGAACUUCUUGUCACGUGUUAGGCUGACGUGUUGUCUCCCACCUGGAACUGAAUUGCGCGGUGGGACACUUGCUGUCACUGUUUGUGCAAUAUGCAUUUAUUUCUUACAUGAGUGCUUUAAUGUCCAUUGAAAUUUGAUCUUUCCAGUACUAUCUUCUGCCCUCAUCUGUCACUUUUUGUUUUUUAUUGUAGUAUAAGAUAGUAGAUGCUGUACCCUUCACAUUCAUUUUAGCAGGUACUGAGUGACGCUGUAUAUAUAAAUAAGUGUAUUGUUUUGAUUUUUUUUUAGACCACCACAUGGCAUGCUUGACUAUUUUCUUAAUUCAGAUGUCUGCAGUGCACAGUGGGCUACUCCAUAAAGGUCUUUAAAGCAGAGCUCGCUCACAGUGGGGCAGGAGGACCUGAAAGGUCCCAUGGUUUAUGGGACCUCCCCAUUCAAACUUUUCUACUGUAAACUGCUUUGCCUUUUUUUUUUUUUUCAUUCGGUAGUAGUCAGAUCUGAUUACAAAAUUGCAUAAGAGAAUCGCUUCACAUUUCACACACCUAUAUUUAUCUGAGUGCUGUCUGAAACUGUUGUGCUAGCCGCAGUAGUGCUAGGAGCUCCUUUGCAGGCUUAAUCUGUGAGUGGUGUUAAGUGCACUGCUAUUGCCAUGUGAGGGGCAUCAGCUCUGAUACCACCGCCAUAUUCAGACCGUUUUUAUACAUUUCAGUGGCCUUUUUUUAAGGAAAAAAACUAAGCAAAAUGAAGUCCAUAAUGAAAGUGGCUUUUAUUUGGACAAAUAACUUUUAUAUUUUCAUCAAAUCAUGCAAAAAAAAAAAAUAUUACAUCUUCCUGGCACAUAACUAUCUCCUUAACCAUUGAACAGUUCAGCCAUUUGAAUAAAUUGUACAUUGUAAAACUUAUAGUAGCUGACUGUAUUAUUGAGUGUAUUGUAUACUAUAUUAAAUGUGAAUUUGUACCCCUUCAUUUUAAAGGUCAUUGUGUUCUACUGCCUAUUUUAGAUUUCUUUGGGGAUGGGAAAGGGUGUUUUGGUAAGUAGAAUUUAAGUCCUCUCUCUUGAUUGGUUUUAUGAAGAUAUAAGGUUACACCCUUACUACCGAGCUCAGGACUCUAUAAGGUACAAGGAUAGGCGUGAGGGUUUAUUUUUGGUUAUAUUUGAACUGUAUGAAUGGUGGGUCUGAAAACAGAGUAUUUCACAGUCUAAUGAGGAGGUAAAAUACGCAGAUAAUUGAUCAGUUUGAGUGACUGCAACGUGUUCUGGAUGCACAACAGUUAGGCAUGCUGUGGUUUAUAUUUGUGAAGUCUGGGUGCCUGUGAAGAAUGAGUAAAUACAUGUUUCUAAUAUUUUAGUGUUUUGUAUUUAGGUUAUUUAUUCUUUGUAUCUAAAAUUGAACAGCUACUGUGCUAUAUUGACUUUAUUGGUAGUACCGAGCAGACCUUGUUUCUGCAUGAAACUAGUUGCAAAACCCACUAUUUUGGAAAUAAAAAUGUAUUUUGACAUAUACAAAUAAAAUGAAUAAAACUAUUUUAAAUGUGUGAACUUUUAAUGAAAACAGUUUAAAUCUUGUUCUGAGAUAUUUAAAUUCUGCAUGGGUAUUUUUUCACUAAAUGCUUUACUUGGAUAACAGUUUGAAUAAUUUUUGAAAUUGUAAUAUUGUGAUAAUUUGCACAGCAAUGUACAUGCUCAUCUGUAAAUGCGAACUUAACUGCCAUAUUUAUGCAAUCUGUGUACCAAUUUGGACAAAUGUUUAUGUAUUUUACAUAAAGCUGUCUGUAUGCAGAA